GUGUCCGACUCUAGGGCGCGGUGCUCUGGGCAAAGUGACUGCAAGCAGAACGCGUCCUGGAAGCUUUCUUCUAGAGAGGAGUCUGCUGUGCUAACCUCACCACUUGUACAUAGGUGCUCUGCAACUUAACCUUUCAAAUCCUGGGAUGCAGUGGAGGGGAGAGUCAGUCAUCGGCUCUAUUCUUCUCGGUGCCUGAGACCUCCUGCUUUAGACAGAUUGAAGUCUCUGUGUUCAUAGUAAGCAUGUGGCUCUGUCUGGCACUGGCCGUCAUCCUGUUCUUUGUGAUCCGAUGGUAUCGGGAGAGUCAAACUGUGGAAAACCUGAGAGAAAAAUAUGUCUUCAUCACUGGUUGUGACUCUGGCUUUGGGAACCAGCUGGCCAGGCAGCUGGAUCUCGAGGGCCUGAGGGUGUUGGCCGCCUGCCUUACCGAGAAGGGGGCAAAGGAGCUGCAGAGGCUCUCGACUGAUCGGCUGAAAACCACUAUUUUGGACGUCACCAGCACAGAGAGCAUUGUGGCAGCAACCGAAUGGGUGAAAUCAUGUGUCGGGGACAAAGGACUCUGGGGCUUGGUAAACAAUGCUGGUGUUGGGAACCCCUCUGCCCCCAAUGAAUGGCUGACUAAAGAUGACUUUGUCAAAGUGCUGAACGUCAAUCUUAUUGGGCUGAUUGAUGUGACGCUACACAUGCUGCCCCUGGUGAAGAAGGCCAGGGGAAGGGUCGUCAACGUGGCCAGUAUCUUGGGCCGACUGUCUUUCUUUGGAGGAGGCUAUUGUCCCUCUAAGUAUGGGGUAGAGGCCUUUUCUGACUCUCUGAGUUAUAAUAUUUUGGACUACGUAUGUCCUUACUGCAAUUCUUUCUUUCUCCCUGUUUUCCUCGCAGUUUCCCAGAGUUUCAAAAAUGACCUUAUGACCCGCUGUGACACCAACCUUUACCUGGUCACUGACUGCAUGGCGCAUGCCUUGAUCUCCAAGCAUCCCCGCACGCGCUAUUCUGCCGGGUGGGACUCCCAGUUCUUCUUUGUUCCUCUCUCUUACUUGCCCACAGCCGUGGCAGAUUUGGUGCUGACCUGGUCACAGCCCAAGCCUGCUCAGGCCGUGUGAGGGUGGUGUGGAAAGGGUUUAGAAUGGGUGUGAGCAUAUGUGUGUGACAGAUGCCUGCCAAGUGUCAGACGGAAGCUUGUUAUAUCUGCUCUAUCCUCAUUAUCAACGAGAAACCCAAGCCCCAUCAACCAGAGCUGGACACAAAACACUGAAGAAUGAAAGGACAGGUUGUCUCUUUAGCUGAAUUUAGAGAAGUUUCUUCUGGGACUCUCAUUUCCAGAUUCCCCCAGCCAGUGGCUAUGCUGGCUGGAUAAUCUAACAGUUGUAUUUUAAACAUGUAGCUUUCCCUUGUUCUGUUCUGGAUCUAAUCUGAAUCUAAGGAUUAAUUUUUGGUACAACUGAAUGAGGCUCAGAGUCUCUGUACAGAAAAUCCACUGCUGGUUAUGGGGAAGGUUUCUUCAUUUCAGAGCCUACAUUAGGUACUGCAAAAGUCAGUGUGAGGUACCUUUGGUUGGGUAUUCAUACACAACAGUAUAUUUUAUAAUACUUUCAUGCACUUGAUUUACAAGCCUUAUAACAGUCAAAAAUAUAGAUGCUGACGAAUAUAAAUGACAAUAACAGAAAGUGAAAAUUUUUUGAUAAACAUUUUGUUUAAAUUAGAAGAGUUUCUGAAUGUAACAAUAUUUUGGAAAUAAACGUUGUUCCACUCCCCCCUAAAAAUAAAGUCUUCAAAUAAACUUGAA